ACAGCAGCAGCAGUAGCAGCGUCUUAAACAGUUCAAGGUAACGACCGGGCGCUUUCCUGCGCCCCGAGAGUGUUGCAGUGCCGUGUUUUCAGAGUAACCAGGCAACUGCCCAGCAACGGUAUUGGGGUGUCAAAGCGCCCUUCACAAUAAGCUCAACACAUUCUCACUGACAGAGCCUCCCACCACCCCCUUGGGUAACCCAAACCAACACGUGCCUACCGUACGUAUACACACGUGACCCUCGGAACAACACAAAGGCAUAAUGUGUCGACACACCAUGCACGGCUUUCCAUUGGCUGGUGGAGAAUGCGUCACUGCUGGAUGGAACCAGUGGCGGUCGCCUAUUUAUGUUUGCAGUGACCCCCGCAUCAUCUUGCGCACACUUGAAGCACAGCAGGACGUGUCAGGCAAACGUGGCACGUGUGUGUGGCUCUGAGUUACAUCGUCUGUGUGAUUAUUUUUUUUGGCGCUUAGGAUUUAAUUGAAAUGAGCAUUUAUAUUUACACAGCACGUGUUGGGUCCAACGUGUUGGGUCCAACACGUGCUGUGCAAAUAUCCGAAAACAAAUAAUAGCAGGGGGUUGUUAAGGACAGAAUAAGGCGUAACGUUACCCAAAAAAAACCGAACAAUUGGUGUUGAGUACGGUUUUCUGGUUUAAUUUGAUGAGCGUUUAAAAUGCUAUGGAAAUUCACUUAAUGGGAGAAGUCUUACAUAAUAGCUUACGCAAUGGAGCGCGUAGCAAUCAAAGUACCCAUUACAGUUUAUAUAUACAAAAACACGUACAUAGUGUGUCAAUUAAGGGAUCAUCACUCGUAAAAUAGACACAAUUGGCCUCGGCACGUGUCGUCCGACUUGCGUUUGCGUGCGCGCGUGUCCAAGCGGCUCCUGCUCUCCAGGCAGGUGCGCGGGGCAGGGGGCCACACACACACGCGCAAUGUCGUCGGGUGGCACGCAAUCCGCCAGCGUCUGCCUGGCCAGCUUCCUCGUGGCGGUCACCGGAUGGAUCGGCGCGUGCGUGACGUCUGGACUGGCUCAGUGGCGCGUGUCCCAGCGAGAGGAUGGCGCCACGGAGGCGGUGUGGGUGGGCAUCUGGAGGGCCUGCGUUCUGGGACCGACGUCGACGGUUCGACUUCGCUGCUACCAUUUCCAGCUGGACGCAGCUCCUCCCGAGGUGAUCGCCGGCCAGGUGCUCAUGACGCUGGGGAUGCUGAUCGGCGUCGCGGGCAAGGUGGUGACCACCGCCGGCCUCCGCUUCAUCUUCUUCGGCCACGAGGGGGAGGGGUCGUCGCACGCGUGCGCUCUGGCCGGAGGCGCUCUCUUCUGCGCCGCCUCGCUGGUGACGACGGUGCCUCUCGCCUGGCACGCGUACGCCGUGAAUGCGCGCCAGGACAUCGCGCUGCCCGCCAACCUCACGAGCCGCGCGCUGCAGCUCGGCUUGCCGCUGGCCGAGGCGCAGAUCCACGGUGCGGCCAUCUACCUGGGGCUCUGCUCGGCACUGCUCAUGUUCGCCGGGGGAGCCGGCGUCGCCUCGUACUACAGGACGACGAGGCAGCGGCUCAAGGUCCACCCGUGCUUCAGGGACGGCCGCUUGGCCAGGGCGUCCGUGGCGACGCUUUUCUCCUUCUCGCAGCCCAACAGUCGCCUCCCAUCGCGGCCGGGCAGCCCUGGGGGCUCUCCCGUCCACGAGCCCCCGGGCUCGGCGGCGGGGCAGAGGGCGUCGCAAAGGUGCGAUCCGCGCGAGGGGCAGGAGGGAGCGUCCUUGCAGAUGUCUCGUCUCUCCGGCCAACAGCGGCGUAUGCUCGCCGAAAACUCCAGCAACUCGGAGCAAAGGUCCUCCGUACCAGACCCUGGCCACGCCGGUCAACCGGGGCACAUUUCCUCGCUGCGUCCUGGCGACGAGGGACGGGAUUCUUCCCAAAAUGCCGAGCAUUGCAGCGAGCAGGAGAAGGUGACAUCCUCGGAGCGUGCGCCCGAGUGGGUGGGUGUCGGGUAGGGGAGCCCACGCUGCUCAAUGUAAACCCAACACGUGCCAGGUCUAGUACCAGUCCUAUUGUUUGUGCAGCUCUGUCGGUGCUGGUGGAGCUGGUGCCGGCAGUACGAGGAGGUGGAGUGGUCAGCACAAGGCGCUGUGAACCCGGCGAUCUGAGAUCGAUUGCGGGACGCGGAAAACUGAAGUGGCGAGUGAUCAUACCUGAAUCCGUCCUGUGGGGUUUCUGCCUUCACCAAACAUAUCCUGUCCAGUGUGGUGAAGUAUGGUCAAACAAUCCCCCAUGACCAACCAGGUGUGGGGAAGCAUUCAUUCAGCAGUAGAUUGAUAAAGGAUUGUUCGUUGUUUAUAAGAUUGUCGUUAUACAUGUGAUUUGGGCAUUAUAGCUAAACUGAUAUUUCCGUAUUAUUUACUUACAUCUAUAACAACUUCUCUACAACACAUAUUAAACUGGAUAUAUGUUAAUUGUGAUACAUAUUGAGUCCGUGUCUCUAUGUAUAGUUUAUAGAAUGUGUUUGUAAAUGUAAAAAAUAUAUGCAACAUAAACAAGAAGUAUUCUGCAUUAUAAUAGAUUGUUGGGUCUCGCCAUGUAAUGAUCUUGCCAAAUGUUACGUGGUGAAACCCUUCACCGCCCGAGAGCCAAACACAUUCAAUUGUCACGUGAACCAACGUUCACGGGCCAAUUGUUAUCGUUUUAGCUCACCGUGGGCACGUUAACAAUUCUCACAGCCGUCGCUCAAUUCAGAUUCGAGAAUGUGUCUGUGGGAAUAGCCAUUGAUAACUGUACCAACUGUUCUUCAACUUAGCGGUGGGCGAGCUCCAACUACGAAAAAUGCGAGUGUAAAGUUGGCUUCAUCAUUACGCAGACGAACCCAACACAUAGGUGUCUGACACCCUGCAGGUGCAUCUCAGUGUAGGAUGCGCUCAGCGUGAAGGGCGAAUACGUGACGUCAUGUCCCCUGUCGCUCGCUCUCUCCCCUCUCCCCUUGGCCCCUCCACCCCCUUGGCCCCUCCCCGAUGAACCCCGUCGUGAUGUCCCAGAGUCGCUCCUCUCACCGCGGUCACUCAUUCCUCAGCCCCUUAGGGGCCGUCCAUAAAUGACGUCACGCACCUAGGGGGGGAGGCGGGUCAGACAUUUGUGACGAUGUGUGACGUGGGGGGGGGAGUUUGAGAAAUGUGACGUCAUAUCA